AUGCAACAUAUAUCAUCAUAUAGACUAGGUGCAGAUAAAGUCUGUGAAAUUGAAGAAGCUUCAGUAUCUGAAAUUGAAGAAACUUCAGUAUCUGAUAAAACUUCGGGACAUAUGAAUGCCGAAAGAUUUGGUCUGCAUUUUGAAGAAAUUUUAAAUGAAGCUGAGAGCUUAUCGACCUCCGAUUAUAUCUCAUCGAACGAGAUUAAUGGCUUUGAUGUAGAUACAAUGUAUGACAUUAUGGACUAUGAACAAUUACCUGACAUUAUAGAUGCCUCAAUAGAUAGUGAAGAAUCUGACUUUACAGAAGUUUCAUUAAAUGAGGCGCUAGAAAAUAGUGAUGAAUCUGACUUUACCGAUGUUGAUGUGUUAGAAGAUAUGACUUCUAAUUUUAAAGGUUUUAGUAACAAAUCUGGGCCCUAUUUUUAA